CAUAACCAUAUGCAUAAGAAAAUUUCAUUAUGCAAGAGUAUGCUCCUGUGUAAAUCUAUUACAGAUAUAGUAAAAAUAUUAUUAUGCAAUAUGUAAAAAUGAGAACCAAGGUAUAAUAUUUGUUCUGCGAUAUGGGCCUUGCGAAAUCUUGAUAGGCAGUGUACAAAAGACGCGACGCUUUUUGCUUUGCCCGCGCAGCUACGCGACACGUGAUAUGAUCAGACUACCUCCCCCAGUUUCUCAUUCUUCGCUUCUUCGCCACAUCUAGUGACGUGUAGACCGUGUAGUGCGUGUAAUAUACUUUCCGAUCGCCUGCAGUCCAUGAGGUCACAAAAUGGAUAAAGGAGCUGGACGACCUGGACGAAGACCGAAAAGCGAGGGAAGUCGCUGCGAGGUGACGGCGAGAUCGACGUCGAGAUCGACGCCGAGACCAGCGGCGACGACGGCGUCGACAUCGAGAGCAAUGGCGACGACGACGUCGACGCCGAUACCAGCGGCAACAACGACGUCGACGUGGAGAGCAGUGGCGACGACGGGGACGACGCGAUACGACGGCGACGACGACGUGUCGACGGCGACGACGGCGACGACGGUGUCGACGGCGACGACGGCGACGACGGUGUCGACGGCGACGACGGCGACGACGGCGUCACCAACAAAUAGUGUGUCCGCGAGGCCGAGGACGGUCUCGCGGCACACUCAGACAGAGGAUGACAUGGGUAAAAAAAUCAAAAUGGAAGUACAUCGUUACAUACAAAAACAGAGGCGGCAAAAUUAUAAAUGGGCCAAUAGGCAACGGCCCCCUUUUUGUUCUGCUGCGAAGGCCGAUCCGCCCGCUGCGGCCGCACACCCCGCUGCGGCCGCUCAGCCCGCAGUGGCUGCUAAAGCUGUGCCGGCAGUGCCACCGGGAUACGUCCCCGCAUCAUGUCUACAAUUGUUCGUCCCCCCAGGGUACGUUCCAGCAUCUUCCGUCCCCCCGGGGUACGUCCCAGCAUCUUCCGUCCCCCCGGGGUACGUCCCAGCAUCUUCCUUCCCACAGGGGUACGUUCCAGCAUCUUCCGUCCCACAGGGGUACGUUCCAGCAUCAUCCGUCCCCUCGGGAUACGUUCCGGCAUCAUUGGCAGCACCAGCAGGAUAUAUUAGAUAUCCUUAAUUAAUGGAUAUGUAACCUCGUAAAGUAAGAUAUAAAUUGAGGCUGAUAGCAAAGCAAUAGCUUGUUCCCUAGUCGCAAACGUAGUAUGAAUUAACAGGGAACUUUGCGUUGAGGAAUAAAAUUUUUUUCACAUUAUUAAAAUUUUUAUUAGAGUUUUGAAGACUAUUUUUUGAAAACAAUUCUUACAGUUCAAAUAUCCAACUUUUUUACUUUAGAUAAUUAUAUUCAAACUUUAUGAAAAAACUAUAUAUAUCACCCUCUUAGUAAAUAUUUUUGACAAGAAUGAUAUAAAUGUUAUAAAUUUGCACCAUGUUACUCAAGCAUUAAAUCUUCAACGUAAUGUUUCCUUUAAUUCAUAGUAAGUUAGCGACAAGGGAACAAGCUAUUGUUUUUGUCGUAAAACGUAUACUUUUCAGUAUUGUCGAUUAGAUUUAAGUAUAUUUUGUGUAGUUUUUAAGUAAAUAUCGUCUGGCCAAGUUUCUGAUUUUACAAGUUAAGAUAUUAAGUUGAGGCUGAUAACAAAGCAAUAGCUUGUUCCCUAGUCGCAAACCUAGUAUGAAUUAACAUGGAACUUUGCGUUGAGGAAUAAAAUUUUUUUCACAUUAUUAAAAUUUUUAUUAGAGUUUUGAAGACUAUUUUUUGAAAACAAUUCGUACAGUUCAAAUAUCCAACUUUUUUACUUUAGAUAAUUAUAUUCAAACUUUAUGAAAAAACUAUAUAUAUUACCCUCUUAGUACAUAUUUUUGACAAGAAUGAUAUAAAUGUUAUAAAUUUGCACCAUGUUACUCAAGCAUUAAAUCUUCAACGUAAUGUUUCCUUUAAUUCAUAGUAAGCUAGCAACAAGGAAACAAGCUAUUGUUUUUGUCGUAAAACGUAUACUUUUCAGUAUUGUCGAUUAGAUUUAAGUAUAUUUUGUGUAGUUUUUAAGUAAAUAUCGUCUGGCCAAGUUUCUGAUUUUACAAGUUAAGAUAUUAAAUUGAGGCUGAUAGCAAAGCAAUGAACAUGUUUGCUGUAUGUGACAUACAUAUGCGUGCGUGCGAUACAUGUGUGAAGCGAAACCUUUCGUUAAAUUUAAUGUAAAAGUAUACCAAAAUAAAAUUUUUUCGAAAGUCUAUCUGCAAAA